AUGUACUUCAAUUUUUAAUUUUAGUUAUGGUACUCGAAUCUCAAUCAGAAUUGAUGUUUUAACUGCAGGCCAUUUAUCGUUCUUCUGUAAAGGGAAAAUAAGUAUAUAUGGUCCAUGAAAUAAAAAAAUAUAUAGAAUCAAAUAGAUAAGGUUCUCCAAGAAAUAGUUCACCCAGAUCUUCAAGAUAUUUGGAAGCCUCUCGUAUGUGGAGCAUUUAUGAAGAGAAUGAAGAGGAAGAAAGAGAUAACGAAAUUAAACUUAUUGGAAUUCGUCGCUGAC